UUGGAUAUGAUCAUAUAAAUUAGAUUUUUUUUGUCAUCCGCAAAAAUCCUCGCUUCUGAGUCCAACGGUCGGGACUGCACCGAAAAUGGUUUUCUCUCUCCUCUCUCUGUCGCCGGCGAAAUUCUCCGUCAAUCUCUGUUCAAAUCGGGAACCUAGACGGAGGUACUCCUCUGGUUUUUCCGGUGCUGUAUCGCCGAGGGUGAUGGCCGUCGACGGAUCUACGAGGCAGCGACAGCGGCGAGCCAUGUCGGGGUUCGAGGCUAGGGGUUCUCUCGUUUCAGCUCUCGCCUCUCAAGCUUCCUCCGUCUCCCAACGCCUUUUGGCUGAUUUGGCAACUGAGACAGUGAAAUACGUAUUCCCGAAGAGGUUCGAUAGUGGGAAUUUGGAGGAAGCGUUAAUGGCUGUUCCGGAUCUUGAGACAGUGAAUUUCCGAGUUCUAAGUAGGACAGACAAGUACGAGAUUAGAGAAGUCGAGCCCUAUUUUGUGGCCGAGACAACAAUGCCGGGAAAAGGUGGAUUUGAUUUUUACGGUGCUUCUAAAUCUUUCAAUGUGUUGGCUGAAUACUUGUUUGGUAAGAACACGAUGACGGAGAAAAUGGAGAUGACGACACCUGUGGUUACCCGUAGGACUCAGUCUGAGGGAGAAAAGAUGGAAAUGACAACUCCGGUAAUAACCAAGCGGGGAGGAGAUCAAGCCCAUUGGCGGAUGUCUUUCGUCAUGCCCUCAAAGUAUGGUGCCAAUUUGCCAUCUCCUAAAGAUCCUUCAGUUAGAAUUCAAGAAGUGCCACGAAAGAUUGUUGCUGUUGUUUCCUUCUCAGGUUAUGUGACUGAUGAAGAGGUUGAACGAAUGGAACGAGAACUAAGGCAUGCUUUAAAAAGGGACAGGAAGUAUCGAGUGAAGAAUGGAGCUUCAGUUGAAGUUGCACAGUACAAUCCUCCAUUUACUCUGCCAUUUACCCGACGGAACGAGGUCUCUCUUGAAGUUGAAAUAAAGCAAGACGACUAGCGUUUAGACUCCUCGUCGAGCUCUUAGCUUUUUCUAUGGAUUCACGCAAGGAAAAUACAUAUACACAUACAAACUGCUCUGUAAAUAACUUGUAUGUCUCAUGCUUGAGUCGAGGUGAUGUUGUUCUGUUAUUAGGCAGUUUGUUAAAUCAAUGUUGAUGUUAUCUAGUAAACAGUAAGAUCUUCCAAAUAGUAAAAUUGCAGGUUACAUAA